AUGCGUCUGUGGGGUACUCGGCUCAUGGAAGAAACUACAACUCGAGAGAGAUACUUGAAAAGUGUUUUGCGUGAGAUAACAUAUCUGAUUUUUCUUGUGGUCCUAUCAAUCUUAUCUUACGGAAUGGUGAACUCUAACAUUUACUACUACACAAGAGUAAUGUCCCAGCUCUUUCUUGACACACCAGUAUCAAAGAUGGAGAAGACCAAUUUCAGAUCAUUGUCCACAAUGGGAGAUUUCUGGAAGUGCACUGAGGGCCCGUUGUUGGAUGGACUGUACUAGAUGUGGUACAAUAAUAAACAUAGCAGAAACAGAAGUUUCAUCUACCACGAGAAUCUGCUUUUAGGAGUGCCUCGUAUCCGGCAGCUGAAAGUGAGGAAUGCCUCAUGUUCCAUACCUGAAGAUUUAAAAGAUGAUAAAGACUGUUAUGAUGUUUAUUCGGUGACUAAUGAGGACACUGCUCCAUUUGGGCUCCGGAAUGGCACAGCUUGGACGUACACCAGUGAAAAAGACUUGAAUGGAAGCAGCCACUGGGUGAUUGCCACGUACAGUGGAUCUGGCUAUUACCAGGACCUCUCGAGCAGAGAAGAGACCUCGGCCUUGAUUGCUGUCCUUAAGAACAACUUGUGGCUUGACAGAGGCACACGGGCAGUGUUUAUCGACUUUUCAGUCUACAAUGCAAAUAUCAAUGUCUUCUGCAUUGUUAUUGGUGGAAUUCCCACCACUGGAGGCCUCCUGACAUCCUGGCAAUUCCAGCCUGUGAAGUUAAUCCACGACAUUUCCACUUUCGACUUCUUCUUGGCUGCUUGUGAAAUUGUGUUUUGCCUCUUUGUUAUAAUUAUGUGGGAAGAAAUCCUGGAAAUUCACAUUCACCGGUUUCUAUUUUGGAAUCUUUGGAACUGUCUCGAUGUUCUCAUUAUCACACUAUCAUUGGCAGCUAUUGGAUUGAAUAUCUAUCAAAUAUCUACUGUGGAUAAGCUACUGAAGAAACUGCUGGAAGGUCAAAAUAGCUUCCCCAAUUUUGAACCUUUAGCAUACUGGCAAACCCAGUUCAACAAUGUUGCAGCUGUUACCAUGUUUUUCGUCUGGAUAAAGCUUUUCAAAUUUAUCAGCUUCAACCGAACCAUGAAUCAAUUGUCAACAACCAUGUCGAGAUGUGCCAAAGAUGUUCUCGGCUUUGCAAUUAUGUUUUUCAUCAUCUUCUUAGCUUAUGCUCAACUAGCUUAUCUUGUUGGGACCAAGUUAACGAUUUCAGUAACUCUCCAGGAUAGCGUCUUUACUCAGUUCCGCAUCCUGCUGGGAGAUUUUGACUUUACAGAGGUGAAGAGCUACAGAAUCUUAGGACCCGUUUAUUUCACUUCAUUUGUGUUUAUGCUCUUCAUUCUUUUGAACAUGUUUGUGGCCAUAAUCAACGACACAUAUUCAGAAGAAUCUGAUAUGAUACAGCAGAAGUCAGAAAUGGAACUUUCGGAUCUUCUUAAAAAGGGAUACACGAAAGCCAUGGUGAAAUUAAAAUUGAAAAAAACACCAGUCAAUGACAUUUCAGAGAGUCCUGCGCCAUUGUGGAGGCAAAUUAAUUUUGAUGAACUGCGGCAGAACCUAAAGGGAAAGGGACGUACGGAUGCUGAGAUCGAAGCCAUCUUUACAAAGUAUGACCAAGAUGGGGAUCAAGAAUUGACGGAGUUGGAGCAUCAGCAAAUGAGAGAUGAUUUGGAGAAAGAGAGGGUGAGCUUUACAGCUAGACGAAAUUCUCUAAACCGUCCACUCAGUGGCCGUAGCUUUCCACGAAGCCUCGAUGAUUCGGAAAGAAGAUGAUGAUGACGACAUGGACACAGCUCCAGAAGAAGAGGCAGCAGCUCAAGUGGUUCCUAUGAAGAGUUUCAAGUUUUGGUCCGCCGAGUGGAUCGCAUGGAACAUUCCAUAGGCAGCAUUGUAUCCAAGAUUGAUGCUGUCAUAGUCAAGCUGGAAACUAUGGAGAGAGUUAAACUGAAGCGAAAAGAGGUCUUGGGCAGGCUGCUUGAUGGAGUUGCGGAGAGAUUGUGGUAUUCCUGCUUAGAUGAAAGGCUGGGUUGUGAGAACGAAGCGCACAGAGAUCAGAUGGAGAGGCUUGUACGAGAGGAACUGGAACACUGGGAAUCGGAUGACGUUGCUUCCCAAGUAAGCCAACGAUUGGGAACCCCAGUGGGAUUCAACAGCCAUGGACGGACCAGGAAUCCGCGCCCUUCUUCCUCACAGUCCACAGAAGGCAUUGAUGGAGGAGGGGGAGGGGGAAAGGAAGGGGGAGCGGGAGGAAAUAGAGGGAGCAACAUUCACGUCUAGUAGCACUUGUAUUUGCUCAAAAUAUUUUCCACAAAUCAUGAGUUAGCUA